CUUCGUGUAAACAGAGUAAUAAAAAAAUUUCUUGGAAAAUACUUGAUUGACGUAACUGAAUGUUUUUCAGUCCGAAACGCCGAUAUAAAAAUUAUAUGUAACAGUGUAAAAUUUCUAGAAGAUCCCCGUUUAUUACAGAAGAAUCUAAUUUUAGUUCUGCAAAAACUGAUGGAUACCGAAGGUUUAAUUUUACGAACACCUACCCUCGUGAUUACAUUUCUCUAAAUAUGCGCUGCUUGUCAUGGCAUUAAAGCCUGCACAGGAGGGUCAGAAAGAUCUGUCAAGCUAAUGUGAUUGAAGAAAGCCAGUCAGUGUUUGUUGUCCUGUAAAGAUUGUGCCCAACAGUAAAAUCGUGUCUUCAAGGUGUUCGUUAAAACGGUUUUUUGAAGUGUAUGAAACAGCGCUGGAAUGGUUAUUUUAUUUGUGUGUGUGUGUCAAUUUUGCCUUACAAGUUUUCGCCGCCCUCGUAAGGCUGCGAUGUGUUUGAACAGGAAGAGUGACCUCCCACCAACUCAGCUUACCGUGACUUUGCUGUACCAACUCAUUCAUCUGCCAACUCGCAACAGUGAGUCGUGCGUCAACUAGAACCGUGUAACCGAACGUAACAAGAAACAUUUGCUUAUCUCCAUAAUAAUUACCAAAUUAACGCGCUGGGUGCAUUUCAAGAGCAAGAAGAUGACGAGAUCUCUACACCAAAUGUUUGAUCGCGUCUGUUUUUUAUAAAAAAAAAUCAACAUCGGAAAACGUGAUCGUCGUAACCUUGAACAAACUCAGAUUGAAGUGACUGGUUAAAAUUCAGUGAAUAAUUCAGUAAUUGUCUUACAAUCAGAAUCUUACCAAGGCUGAAAACUUAACUAAACCUACAAAUGAAAGUGUGAGAAGAAAGUGCAAUGUACUGAAUAGUCGUGAAUGUGUUGUGUGUGAGGAUAUUCGCACCUGUAGCAUGUCCAGUAUUGCCAACAUUGUCAUAGCGAACCUCGAGACUUAGUGCUAUGAAGGUUUUCCACAUGAUUGGUAGAGACGAAGACGAAUAUGGAGCGCCCCGGGCUCCAACAGCUGUGCCUGAAGAUGACGAAGUGGAUGAUGAUGAUGAUAAUGAUGAACUUUCGUUUUAUUGCUGUGAUAAUCUCGGUAAAGGGGCAUCCCAGUCUUCGGGUGCCAUAAUACCUGAUGCUGCAGCUGAGGCCACCGGAUCCUUGCUGAGGGCAGCAGGGGGUGGUGGAGGUGGAGGACGGGAUGUCCUCAAGACGCCAUACACCCUUAUUCGAGUGUCCACAUAUACCAGCUCUCUAAAUCAGCCGACGAUCAGCGACAAUCCACACAAUCUCAGCUCUGUCUUGACCAGCUGGCAUUGCAGUGAAUUGUCUGCAAGCAAGGAGGUGCCGAAGACUCCGAGCGAAGAACACUCGAGCAAAAUGUCAGACUCGACCUAUGUGUUAAGUAUGGAAGAACUCGACAGAAACAGGAAUGAGUUGUCACUUGCCAGAGACGCGACCAAUAUCGUGGGGGAUGGGAAUCACGUGUCUGUGGAUUCUGCUUCGUUGAGGAGUCCUGUGGACUCAAUGCUAGGGGAUGACCACCACCAGUUACUAGGAGGACACCUCUCCGCGGCUCCUGCCAUCGCGAGUUCCACCUGGGGAGGUCGCCCCCGCAACUUUAGCUCCAAGUCCAGCACCUCUACAAGAAGAAGCAGGUACCGAAAUGGUGGUACAGGGCGUUCAAAGAUGCGACGUCGUGUGGUGCUCAAGUCAGGUGAAUGUAAUGUGCUGCAGAGCCGCGUAGCACAGCGCAGAUUGCGCUAUCUGCAAGAUAUAUUUACAACCCUAGUGGACAUUAAGUGGCGGUGGACACUUCUUGUGUUCGCCCUCAGCUUCAUCCUUAGCUGGCUUGGAUUUGCACUUCUUUGGUGGCUCAUUGCGUUUACACAUGGGGACUUUGAAUUGGAACAUUUGCCACAUCAGCAGGAGGAGUCAGGAUGGAAACCAUGUAUCAAAGAAGUCUACAGUUUUGCAUCUUGUUUUCUCUUCAGCAUUGAAACUCAGCACACCAUUGGGUACGGUUCACGGUCAACUACUGAGGAGUGUCCUGAAGCUGUCUUUGUCAUGUGCCUACAAAGUAUUACAGGUGUUAUGAUUCAGGCCUUCAUGGUGGGCAUCGUGUUUGCUAAAAUGGCACGCCCCAAACAACGUGCUCAGACACUUCUUUUCAGCCGCAAUGCUGUUGUGUGUUUACGAGACGGAGAACUCUGUCUCAUGUUCCGUGUUGGAGACAUGCGCAAGUCUCACAUCAUUGGUGCAACAAUCAGGGCACAGCUGAUUCGCACCCGUACAACCAAGGAAGGAGAGGUUUUGCACCAGCACCAGACAGAACUCAACAUAGGUACUGACGGUGGUGACAACAAUCUAUUCUUCAUCUGGCCAAUGACUGUUGUCCACAGAAUCAACUGUGAAAGUCCACUUUAUAACAUUUCGGCCAGUGACAUAAUUGACCGUGAAUCUCGCUUUGAAGUUGUUGUUAUUCUGGAAGGAACUAUAGAGUCAACUGGUCAGACUACACAAGCAAGAUCAUCUUAUCUUCCAAAUGAAGUGCUUUGGGGUCAUCGAUUUCAGCCUAUGCUUGUGUACAACAAGGAACGACAAGGAUAUGAGGUUGAUUACAGUCGCUUCAACAACACAGACCUCGUGGAUACACCACUGUGUAGUGCGAGGGAUCUUGAGCACUUCUAUCAACUUCAACAAGACCUGGAACAAUCAGCUUCACCCAAUCCAGCCGAGUCAUCAGAUGGGCAGCAUGGGAUGGGGUUAAGACGGGUUACCAGCGAGCCAAAUGCUAUGAGCAAUAUGGUCACUUCUGAGGAACCAAAUCUCAUGUCUAUGUAGAUGUCAGUCCAGUCCAAUUGGUUUGUACGGCAACUGAGUAACACAGUGAGCAGUUUGUAUUCAGCUCCUGCCAGCCUUGUACACGUCCGAGCAUCAGAUAUCUCAUCGCCUGAGCAAAGUCCUCAAGCCAAUUCACAACUAAAUACACAUUUGUGGGCUGUUCCUGUGGACCACUACUGUCAGGAUGACACCUCAUUAUCAUCAUCAUCAUCAUCAUCAUCACACUGAUAACUGUAAGGGUACCUGAAUACUGUCUCUAGUACAUUAUUGAACAUGUGUGGUUCAUGAUCAAAUUACAUCUCAGAAAUAAUUAAGUUUCCUGACAAUCAAAACCCACAGUGCAUCAGUACAUGCUGUUGUCUGUUACCAUGGGGCAUUGCCUUUAAUAUGAGUUCCAUCUAUACCACUGUGAUGGUUAUUAACUUUCAACACUGUCAUAGCUCAAUUAAGAAAUGUGACUUUGACUUAUUCAUUGCCAUCGGUAUGAUACAUCCUCCAUAACAUAAUGAUGACCAUAAUCUGCUGAAUACAAACUUCAGCAACUGUACAAUAUAGUGAAUAUUUCUGGAUAGUUAUAAUGGAACAGUUUUCAUAAGAUUAUAUGAGAUAACAUGUUUUAAAUUAGUGUUAUGUAUUGUAACAGUUGAAGUUAGUGAUCUCUUAAACAAAUACAUGCAGGAAUACUGCAGUGGUCGGCCAUGCUGUGGUGGCUACGUCAUCUCCAGAAUACAAUCAUAAAUCAGUCUGCAGCUCAAUGCAGUAGAAAAUGUGAUGUAACAAUGAUAUCUUUCCUGAACAAAGCCCUGGAGGCAUCUGGAGCUCAUCACUAGCACAAUGGUUUCAUCUGUUUGGUUUGUGUCCCAUAAGCUGUCUUCACUUAUAGUAUGUCAGAUUGGAAAUACCAGUGAGAUAUCAGCUUUAUCCACACAUUUCACUGAUUAGUCGCAUAAAAGAUUUCUCUGUAAUUCAUUAUUUGUUUCCUGGAUAGAUCACUACUUGUCAAUCUCGAUACCAAGAACUCCUCAACAACUGUUGAGUAUAUCCUUCAGAUGCAGCUGAAUGUUAAAUAUCAACCAAAGACUGUAACCUUUAUUGUACAGGAGAAGGUUAUUUCAACCCCCAUACUACGGAUCUGCCAACCAAACUUUUAUUUCAUGUUUAACUGUUCAGUAGUGUUUGGUAGUGCAAUGCAUGUUGGACUGUGCAUACUAUGAGGUGCAAAAACAAUAAAGGUUAAAUAUACUGGUUUUAAAACUGUAUACAAACAUAAAUGUCAGUAAAAACUUUAGAAGUAAUACACUGAAGAGCUGUGAUUUGUUACAUAUAAUACACAAGUGACAAAAAAAGAACAAUGAAUAUUAUAAACUGUGAAAGAGACAGCAAAUCAUCUUAUUUGAAUUUGCACAGAAUGCAAUUCAUAAUAGUAAAAAGACUGGACUCUUCAAAGAGAUAAAUGAACUGAAUGCUGUUUACAUAUGAUAGUAAGGGACUUAAUCUUUAUCAUGAAAUCAGUAUGACAGUACAUCCUCAGUUGAAAGUAUAAAGUGAAAAGUGAAAUAAAAAUUGAAACUACAAAGAAGAUCUGGAGAGGAAUAGGCCUGUAAUAUACUAUCUGUUACAAAAGUUAAACUUUAGCUUCCAUUUUGCCAGAGCUACAACUCAAACCAUGCUGUGAUUUUGAUUGUGAUUGCAUGUUGAAAAGAAAAGUUUUGUGUAAUUAUAACAUUCAGCAUUGCUUAAGCUAAAUUUAGUUUCAGAAUAAACAAAACUCAGACGUUAUAUUCAUAAUGUGCCCAGCUAUAUUCUGGUUGACUAUUCACUUGUUGAGAAAGAACAUCAUAAGCAUGCUUGUUGUUUUGUUAGAUGCAGUUGUCAUUGCCUAUAUUGACAACAUACGCAUAGAAUAUUUCAGAAUAACGAAAGACGUGAUGCAUGCUUUAUUUAGUCUCUUACAGAAGGAAUCUAGAAGCAGUCAUGAAAUUGUGACUUAUAAUUAUGGUAUAACUGACACUUCAUAUAAAAUGUUUAGCUAUCAAAGGUGGAUGAUUCUUGUUGCAAUGGAAUCUCAAAAUGAAGGUUCAAUUUGGAACUUAAUCUAUGCAACAUUAGCCUUUGGUGUUUCGAUACAUAACCUAUGGCAUAAGAAAUUAAUUUAAAAAAAGUCACAAUUAAAUUUAAAUUAAAUAUGUACAAGCACCUAAAGACAGAUGGAGUAAUUUUAUAAAAUAAUUGUCCAUAGAAAUAAGAUAUAUACUUAGGUGAAAUUUUUUAAAACAUACAUGUUUUGUUUAGAAAACUGUCAUUCACUGGCACUUACUACAGGUAAUAUGUACAAGUUGUAUAAACCUUAUAUACACACAUUGACAUGUCACCAAAACAAUCUUUAGGAAACCAAUAUAAAGUAAACUUUUACUUGUAUAUAGUAUAGGUAACAUAUAGUAAGCUGAAGUAGAUUUGUUUUGUAUCCCUAGGAAUUUUUCAUCAUCCUGCUUUCAGAUCAAUUUGUAUGAGUUUUCUAUGAGUUAGUAGUUAUAUUUCAUUUGCUUGUGAAUUCAUAUGUAAUAUAUAAUCUUAAGAUUUAAUUAAUGACAACAAUUUCAGAAACUCUCCAGUCAUUCUGUGUGAGUGCCUUUCCCCUUUAUAAGAUUAUGUAUUAAUUUAUAUAACAACUACAAGGAACGAAAUUGAAAGUGAUUGUCUCAGAACUUUCUGUUCACCGUAAAGUGUGUAAGUAACAAGACUGCUCUAGGUCUAGUGGACAUACUAUUUUUAUAGCAAUAAAUAUGAAUAUUUAAGUCUUCCUUCUGCCCUUUUUUAUUGUUCUUCAUAUUCUACCAUGCAUGAAGAACACCUUAAAGGCAACCUGUGUGACCAGAGGUCAUUGUUGCAUAAUGAUGGGACCUGAAGUUCCAUUGUUGGAACACAGUUAUGUCACAAUGGGAAGUUAAGUCCCACUGUUGGAACACAUUUUGGACAAUAAUAGAAACAGGUCAUUGUUGGAGCAUUGUUGCAUAGCAGUGACCUCAGAUGACAUUAGUGCAGCAAUGACUCCAGAUCACAUUAAUGCAACAAUGACCUAUAUGAUGUGGUAUGAAGAACUGAUGCCCAUCUACAUAUAAAUAAAAAUUAUGUUAUGUAAUUUUGGAAAGGUAACUUACAUGGUUAUAAGAUCCAAAGUUGAUUGUUGAAUGUGAACGAGGGUCUUAACUUGGAAUGGUUAUAACAUGAAGUCAGAAAACAUGUAUGGAAAAUACACAAUUGAUACACUAA